UCAAAUAGAUUGUCAAAAGCACAACCGCCAAACGGACGAACGGGAGCGGAACAUUUGGCCAUAGACAAACCAAAUAUUUGGCAUUACUUGUUCUUGUUCCUAUAGCAGUAAAUACUCGUUUAUUCCAUCUCGGCAACGUUAAAACAAAUUAGUAAAGCAGCAUGGAACCAAUGACAUUGGGUAGUGCCCCUGGAAGCCCUUCUUCUCCAAGCGCUAAUCCAAAUUAUCUACCUGCCUUUCUGAUGGGAAAUGCAAAACCAGCAUCUCCCAAUUCUCCAGAACUACGGAAAAAUAUAUCUUUUAACUUAACACCUUCGGAUAGAAGCUCAAUGAGGCAGAAAUUAUUCAGUCCGAGUGUACCGGAUGUGCCAAAGCAUUUACCACUUUCUGUUGAAUCAAACACCACGCCCGGCCCUCCAAAACAAAGUCUCUUUGACACGCUGGACGUAAGACGGUCUAUUAAUACGAACACCCCUAAGUCAAUUACACAUACCCAAAACUCUUUUCAACAUGACAGUUUCUCGCAUAGUUUUAACGAAACGUCCGUAGAGCGUGCCGAUUUAAUGCGUCAAGCAACAGCGUGCAGUAAUUUAUGGGUGACCGUCUUCGGAUUUCCCACGACUGCGUCUGGUAGUAUAUUUACACAGUUUGCCAGUUGCGGUAUGAUCACGGACAAACGUUUUCCGGCACAAGGUAACUGGAUGCACUUGAAAUUCAGCAACACACUGGAAGUCUCCAAAGCUCUUUCCUUAAAUGGUAAACUGAUAUCGAAUUCGAUUAUGAUUGGAGUAGUUCCUUAUCAAAACAAUACGGUUCGUGAAAGCGGGGAAAGUCCUAUGCCAAAAACACCUACAAGAGCACGAUCUCUUCGUUUGUCCUUUGUAUCUCCCCAAAAUUCAAACAUGGUAAUAACGCCCGAGAAUGUACCUCAAAAAUCAACUGGAAUUCUGACCAAAGCUAUGGAUUAUGUCUUAGGAUGGUAAAACAUUUAAAGGUGAUUUAUAUAUAUAUAUAAUUAAUUUACACGAACAUUAAACAUUUUAUAUCAACUAAA